GAAUUCCAAGAUCCAUCCUUUGCAAACCAGGCCAAGAUGUCCACAGAGCUACUGUCUGGAGACCAUUCCCAAGCCAAGACAGAGAAAGCCCAAGUAGUGUGUCGGCUCUUGAAAAAAAUCCCACCUGGAGAAUUUAAUGAGGCCUUCAGUGACUUACGCAUGCUAGUGGAGGAUGAUAAUAUGAUGUGUGAAGAAGCAGCCAGUCUCUGUGCUGUGCACAACAAGGACCACUUCACACCAGUCCGAACCAAAAACUGUGAGGUCCUCUUGACUCGCCACAAUGAGCUGGAGGAGAACCGCUUCCUGGAUCCACAGAACCAGGUCUCCUUCAAGUAUGACCACUUGAGGAAAAUACCAAGUGACUUCCAGGCUCACCCUGAAGAAGACAAGAAAGGGGAACUAUGGAGGAGAGCCCUCCAUGAGGCCCUGAAGGUUUAUGUUGACAACCGCUACCCUGAUGGGCUUUGUAGUGUUUUUGUCAAGGACACAGCUAUGCGGAAGAUCUUUGUAGCUUGCAUUGAAAGCCACCAAUACAAACCCUCUGCCUUCUGGAAUGGCCUGUGGAAAUCAGAAUGGACAUUUGCUCUAGCUCCUGCAUCUACUUCCACUCAGGUGACUGGGGUCAUCAUGGUCCAGGCACACUAUUUUGAAGAUGGCAACAUACACCUGACAGUGGUCAAGGAUGCUGAGGAGACACUGCUGGCCACCGAUGAAGCCCAGACAGCAAAAGACUUUGCAAAGCUGGUGGAGAAAAUGGAAAAUGAGAUCCAGAGUAAAAUAAUGGAAGAGUAUGACCACAUGAACAGCACCUACAUAAAAUAUUUUCGGAGACAGUUGCCCAUCACUCACACCAGCCUUGACUGGGAAAAAGUUGUGACUGUGAAGACUGUAGAGGCUUGUGCAAUCUAGUGAAAGUCCUGCUUCUAUGUGGUCAGAGGAAUGGGAGAUGAAAAGGUGGCUGCAGCAAAGUUGGGGGAAACAUCAAUUGAUGGAGGUAUCUUCUAAAAUAAAGGAGUCAAUAAAGUAA